AUGAAUCCAGGUAGCCAGUACCCUGGUUAUGUAGAUUACCUUCAUAGCGUUUCAGGAAAUAAUGCUCAGGGAAACUUUCCUUAUGAAAGUUUUCCUUAUAGUCUCAACCUUGGAGCCUCUCAAAUUCCCCAUUUCAGUUCACAACAGACUGAAGCUCCAUCCCAGCCUGAUAACCCACCAGUGGAGACACCAGUGGAGCGGAUGGUGAGAAAGAAAUGGAAUCUUGUUGAUGACGAGGUCCUGAUCAGUGCCUGGCUAAUCACAUCAAAAGAUGCUGUUGUCGGCACUGAACAGAAGUUACGGAAUUUCUGGAAACGCGUAGGACAUUACUUUUCAGCAGCUCAUCAUGAGAAGAGAGAUGGAGAGCAUUGUAAGCAGAGAUGGCAUAAAAUCAAUGGGGAUACAAACAAGUAUUGUGCAGCAUACGCAGCUGCGGAGAGGCUUCAAAGUAGCGGUCAGAAUGACAACGACUUAGUGAAGAAAGCUCAUGAGAUCUACUUUGCGGAUCACGGCUCCAAGUUCACCUUGGACCAUGCAUGGUGUCUUCUGAGAUACGAACAGAAGUGGCUGAGCCUGAACACUCCAAAGUCUGGCGGUGAGAAGAGAAAGACUGGUGAGGUUGGUUCCCAAGCAUCAAGCAGUAACGUUGGUGAGGAAGAGCCCCGUCCUGAAGGUAUCAAAGCUGCGAAAGCAAGAAGGAAUUCUAGGAAGGGGAUGGCUGUCGAGGACUUUAAGAGCGUCCAUGAGCUCAAGAUGGAGGAUUUGAAUUUUAUAACAAUUGUCCUCUCGUACAAGAACCAGAAGAUAGACAACGCCGUAAUGUUCAUGAGAGACACCGGGAAGAAGGCCACACCUUGCUUUGGAAUGAUUAUUUUGCCGACAAUCCAACUUACUCUCCCGCUCUUUUCCGCCGACGGUUUCGAAUGA